CCGUUACCCGAGGGUUGCGGGGGGAGCGUAUGGCUGUUUGCCUUACCCGGUCGUUGUGAGCUACGUAAAGGGCGCAAAGGGUGGGUGCCAAUUCAGGUCCUCACGAAGCAAAAUGGCUGCUUCUUCUUCAUCCUCCUCAGCUGGUGGCGUUAGUGGAAGCUCUGUAACUGGAUCGGGGUUCAGUGUCUCAGACCUUGCCAUACCACGGAAGGCUCUCUUUACAUACCCCAAAGGAGCUGGGGAAAUGUUAGAAGAUGGUUCGGAGAGAUUCCUCUGUGAAUCAGUUUUCAGCUACCAGGUUGCAUCCACAUUAAAGCAAGUGAAACACGAUCAGCAAGUUGCUCGGAUGGAAAAACUUGCUGGUUUAGUUGAAGAACUAGAAGCAGACGAAUGGAGGUAUAAGCCCAUAGAGCAGCUUCUGGGGUUCACUCCUUCAUCAGCUUAAAAGCCUGCAGUUUGUGAUGCGAAAAGAUACAGCACUUGCAUAACUCCAUUUUAAAACACUUGGAUAUUCUACACUAUGUUCUGAGCACUAUAAUAAAGAAUAAUCCACGGC